AUGACAUUAACGAUGUUGUCUGAGGAUAAUCAAAAGAGAAACUUUAAAGAAAUGCAAAGCACAAAUGAAAUUCUUUGUAAAGGUUGCAGUCACCAAAUUCGAGAUAAAAUUUUAAUACUUUUGGUAAAAAAAGACAAAGUGAUGGAUAGCAACAAUAAGAAGUUAAAAAGUGGACAGUGUAAGGAGAUGAACACUUCAUCAUCUUCAGUUGUUUUUGAUACUUCUAAGAUCGAUGAAAUGUCAAAUAGAAAAGGAUUAAAAAAUUUAAAUCUACCAGAAAUUUAUCAUGUUCACUGUCUGAAUUGUUUUGAAUGCGGAGAUCGAUUAUCAUUUGUAGAUGAAAAAUGUUGGGUUCAUCAAGACAAUAAAGUAAUAUGCAUCAAUUGCAGAACAAGGUUUAAACAAUGUGGAAGAUGUCAACUUAAAGUACCUGAAGAUGCUAAAGUUCAUAAAGUAAACCGUAUACCCUUUCAUAUAUCAUGUUUCACAUGUUUCCAAUGUGGUCGUCAAUUAUGUCAAGGUGAUAAAUGCGGUAUUUUUAAUAAUGAUGUAUUCUGUUAUGAACAUUAUGUCAGUAAAUGUUUAUCAAUCAAAAUGUUGCAGUUUGAUACAGAUUCAGCAUCUAAUAUGAACACCGUAGAUUCUAGUCAAUUUAACAAAUUUCAACAAAUUUUAUUGAAACAAGAAAAUUUUACAGUCAAUUUGAAUGACGAAAAAAUCAACCAGAAUUUCAACCAAAGUCACAUGCAUUUGCCUAACUACACAGCCAAAUCAGACAGAAUAGCCGUGCUAAAUGCAAAUUGUUGUGUACCCUCAACUUCUACGCAACUCAUUGAGUCAACAGCUAAAAAUGAAUCAGCAGACAACUUCUCAGUUUCAUCAAAUUAUUCUACAGCCAGUUAUAUGCAGACAGUUACAAGUUCAACAACAACCUUAACAAGUACAAAUAAAAUAGAAAAUUGUCAAUCUACUGAUAACUGGUAUUCUGUUGAUGACUCUAUGCUCAGUGAAGAAAUUCUUCUCAGCAAUGGUGAUAUAUCACUAACAUUAACAGAGAAUGGACAUUCAGUUGACAGUAGCACAAGCAGUAAUUGUAGUGUUCACUCAAAGUCAAAGCGUAUUAGAACAAGUUUUACGCCCGAUCAACUAGCUAUACUUCAGGCCAAUUUCGAUGUUGAAGCUAAUCCAGAUGGUCAAGAAUUAGAACGUAUUGCUGGUAUGGCAAAAUUGAAUAAACGUGUUACUCAAGUAUGGUUUCAGAAUGCAAGAGCACGUAAAAAGAAGAUUGAAUGUCGCGGUCAUCUAGGUGGACAGCAUGACCAAAUAAGUCUUAGCAGUUUGGCUUGUUGUUUAUCUGAUCCCACUGGAACAGAAGAAUUCUUUGACAAUUCUAAAGAGAAUAUACCUUCAAUAAAUAUAAAUGAAAGGAUUUCGUCAACCAAUGACUGUGAAAUCACAGAUUCAAACCAACUUUAUGAAAGGCAGUUUAACGGGAAGGUGGAUUUUUUCAAUGAAAUAAAUUACAAUGCUAAAAAUAAUCAUAGCAGCACUAGUAAUGGUGAAAAACAUUUUUCAGGUAUUCAUUGCUGUAGGAUGGAUAAUAUUUUUGCCAAUGGUUGCUCCGAUCACGGUGGUUUAAUAUCGAAUGGGUGUGAGUUAAACUUUUCAGACAAGAAUAAUAUCAUGGAUCAUGAUACAUUUUUGAACAGACUGCUACCAAACACAAAUCCUUUCGGAAAGUUUCCUUUUCCGUCAGCAUAUGGACCUUGUAUUCCAUUACCAGAUACACUUCCUCAUCAGUGUGAUCAUAAUGAGAGAAUAAACAACGAAAGGUAUCCCACGGAUAUUAAAAAUGCUAUAAAUACUGCCGGUACCAAUAAUUAUGGUAAUAACAACAAUGGGAAUAACAACGCUAAUAUUGUUCCUAUCACUUACAAUACUGUGGAAAGUGGAAGCGUAGAAGAUGUAUCAAUGGAUUCGCAAAAUUCUACAUCAGUGACACGUUGUGGUCCUAGACCAUAUCUACACACAGAUCAAAAUAUGUUUAAUCCUAUUCCCUCAGAUCAUCGUUCAUCAAAUAAUUUCUAUAUCCCAGCGUUAGCAUUACCAACUAAUUAA